AUGAGGAUUUUGAAGUGGAGGCCGGGCUUCAAGUUUGAGGAAGAUCCCCCCAUUGUGCCAAUCUGGGUCUCCCUCUUUGAUCUUCUGAUUGAGUUCCUCAUUACGGAGGUAAUUUUUUCAAUGGAAACCGCAAUUGGAAAGCCAUUGAAGGUGGAUGCGCCUUCUCUCAAUAUGACAAGGCCUUCAGUUGCACGUUUUGGUGUGGAAGUUGACCUUACCAAGGAGUUUCCAAAAUCUGUAAAGGUGGGCAAGAAAGGGAAGAAGCAUGAUCAGAUUUUUACUUACGAACAUAUUCCGGAUUAUUGCACUAAAUGCAAUAAAAUUGGUCAUAAAAAAGAGGAUUGCCGUGUUGGCCUUCAGAAGCCCUUGGAUAAGAAGAAGAAGGCUCCAUUGAAGUCUGUUGAUGGAGCGAAUCAGAAGAGAUCUUUGCAUGUUAAUGGUGUUAAGCCCCAUAAAAAAACUCAGGAACGGGCUGUGAAAAACCCUAGAGCGCAGGGUGCAACAAACCCUAGCGCGCAGGAUGUGACCGCCCCUAGUUCAGCGGCUACUGCAGACCGUUCAAUUCAGGUUGGUUUGUCAUCCAGCCUUUCUGCUAAAGAGAAAGAGACUAUUCCGGUUGAUGUUCAAGCCUCAGAAGCAGCUAACUCAUCCAAAGAAGCCCCCAGCAAAACAAAACACUCCUCGCAAAUCCAUGGAUCUGAGUGUGACAAACCCUAG